AUGCAGGCUGCACAGCAGUCCUGGGAGCUCGAAAAUGCGAUCACCGUGUUCGAUCCGCAACGAGACGCCUUGUACAAAUACGACCCAGAGACACAGCGAGCCCUCGAUGCCGAGCGGCCAUGGGCCAAUGACCCAUACUAUUUCAAGAAUGUUCGCAUCUCAGCCUCCGCGCUGCUGAAGAUGGUGAUGCAUGCCCGGUCCGGCGGGUCGCUCGAGGUGAUGGGUCUCAUGCAAGGAUACAUUCUGCCGCAUACAUUCGUGGUGACAGAUGCCUUCCGGCUACCAGUCGAGGGCACGGAGACUCGCGUGAACGCACAGGACGAGGCCAACGAGUACAUGGUGUCAUAUCUACAGUCGUGCCGGGAUGCAGGACGCAUGGAAAAUGCUGUGGGCUGGUACCACAGCCAUCCGGGGUACGGGUGCUGGCUGUCCGGGAUUGAUGUGGCUACACAGCAAACGCAGCAGAUGGGAGGGCCGUUCGUGGCGGUGGUGAUUGAUCCCGAGCGCACGAUUUCGGCGGGGCGCGUGGAGAUCGGCGCAUUUCGCACGUUCCCGCAGGACUUUGUCCCAUCGCGAGAGGCCCACGAGGACGACGAGUACCAGACCAUCCCGCUUGGCAAGGCAGAGGACUUUGGCGCCCAUGCCAACCAGUACUACUCUCUCGACGUGUCACAUUUCAAGAGCACCCUCGAUUCCGAGAUCCUUUCUCUUCUCUGGAAUAAAUAUUGGGUUGCGACGCUCAGCCAAAGCCCGCUGUUUGCUACUCGCGACUACGGCAGCAAGCAGAUGAUGGAUCUCAGCCAAAAGGUGCGCAAAGCUGCACGGGGGAUCGAGAGCGGCGGGCCACGCGGGAAUAGUGCCUCCGCCAAGGAUCAGCAACUCGACAAGGUCGUUCGCGGUGGACAGCGGAUUGUAUCGGAGGAAGUGAAGGGCUUACUCGCUUCUGAGGUGAAGAUGAAGCUGUUCCAGGGCAUCGGAGAUCAAAGCCAGGCUGAGGCUUGA